GGCAAAAUGCUUGGCCAGCGUGAAGUGCUUAUUGGAGGUAUCGCCGUCGACCUCAGCAGCUUCGACUUCGACGACCACUCGUCUAGGAUUGCGAGCGUAAAGUCUGCGAAUAUCAGCCUCAUCGCUCUGGUUGGAUUCUUCGUGCUCUUGCGACUCUUCGUGAGAGCGUGUAUAGUCAGGAAGCUCUUCGCGGAUGAUGCCCUCAUCCUGCUUGCGGCCGCUUUCACCGUCGCUCUGGCUUCAGUAUGCAUCGCAGGCACCAAUCAUGGGCUGGGAACGCACGUUUGGCUGCUCCCGGUAGCCACGGUCUUUGAUACCGUAAAAAGUUGCAUCCAGUACCUGUACAUUUGUCAAGUGCUCUACGCAUGCGCCAUCGCUUCUACCAAGAUUGCCAUCAUCGCGUCCUACCUCCGCUUCAUCCAGGACAAGUCGUUUCGUCUGGCGAUGUAUGGAACAUCAGUCGUUAUUGUUGGUCUGUGGUUCACAGGGGUCUUCGUAACAAUCUUCCAGUGCCGUCCGGUAGCCGCUGCGUGGGAUUUCACAAUUCCGGGGAGGAAGUGCAUCGACUACGUCGACUAUCUGUACGCCAGUUCAGCAAUUAAUGUUGCAACCGACCUUAUUCUCUGCGUGCUGCCUUGGCCCUACCUUUGGCGGCUCCACAUGCCAAUGAAACAAAGAGUGAUCCUCUGCCUGCUCUUCGGAGGCGGCGCAGGUGCAUGCAUAGCCAGUAUUGUCCGGAUCGCAUAUCUGCACACGCUACGAAGUACAGACGUAACUUACCAAUGCGUUCCCUGCCUCAAUCUUUCCGUGAUUGAAUGCACUCUCGGCAUCAUCUGCGUCAGUAUCCCAUCGCUUCGUCCUCUCGCUGCACGGCUC